AAAAAAAAAAAAAAAAAAAAAAAAAAAAGUUUCCAUAAUUUACAAUCCUUAGUUGAUGCAUACAGCUUGUUGUGAUGGUCCUUUGUUAUCCUUCUCUCAUGGCUUCCAUAUUUACUGUUUUCUUUCUACUCUCUAUAUCCUUUACAUGUGGAGGAGCUCAACCUCAACAAAAGCAAUGUAGGAAUAUAAGCCUGGGCUCUUCACUUUAUCCCCCCACCUCAUGGACUUCCCCCUCGGGCCAAUUCGCACUUGGAUUCUAUGGGCAAGGCAGUGGUUUUAUGGUUGGAAUCUGGUUGGUGGGAAUAGACAAUAUCACAGUUGUCUGGACAGCAAACCGUGAUGAUCCUCCGGUCACCUCAAAUGGGACGACACUGAAUUUAACAAAAAGUGGUAAGCUUCUUUUGACUACAGAUGAGCUAGGAAAGAAGAAUAUUAUCAGUGAUACGAUGUCGGAGUCUGCUUCUUAUGCCUGCAUGUUUGAUUCUGGGAAUUUUGUUCUCUACAACAAAAAUCAUUCCGUCAUUUGGGAGACUUUCAGCUAUCCUACUGAUACUAUUUUGGGUGGGCAGAUUCUGUCCACCGGUUUUCAACUGUUCUCUAGUUUAUCAGAGACCAACCACUCAACUGGACGGUAUCGUCUGAAGAUGCAGAUAGAUGGAAACCUUGUUCUAUACCCCGUAAACACUUUAGACAUUGCAAGUGAAGCUUACUGGGCUUCUAGAACUGAUGGAUAUAGAAAUGGGAUUGGCCUUAAAUAUCGACUUUAUCUCAGUCGUAACGGGUCUCUAGAAAUCAUCCAGAGCACUAGUAUGGACUCUGUUCAAAAUUUGGGCUCGUCAUCGGAAAGCAAUAACACCAUUUAUCGUGCUACUCUCGAUGUUAACGGAUUUUUUCGGUUGUACUCGCAUACCUUUGACAAGACUGGCAAACUACUAUCAUCAGAUAUUGAGUGGUCAGCAUUGGAGGACAAGGAGCUCUGCACGGUGAACGGUUUCUGUGGCUUCAACAGCUUUUGCACACUCAAUGACAACAAACCGUACUGUGUUUGUCUUCCUGGAACCGAUUUGGUUGACGUGAAUAAUCCAUCUCUCGGCUGUGAGAGAAACUUUUCAAAAGUAGGGUGCAGCAGCGGCAAAGAUCAUGUAGAAUCAUAUAACAUCACUACCACAGAAAAUAUGAUGUGGAAUGAUAUUCCUUACACACAUGAAUCCAUGUCAACAAAGGAAGAAUGUGGUAAGUCUUGCUUGGAAGACUGCAAUUGUGAGGCAGCACAGUUCAAUACUGAUUUGGAUUGCCGGAGACACAAGCUUCCACUGAAAUAUGUUAGAAGGGAUACAAGCAUGGAUACCGUAGCUCUCUUCAAAGUGAGCAUAAGAAGCUGGAAUGAAACUGUUCCCAUCCCAGUGAAGCCUACUCCUGUCCACGUGUUCACAAGCAAAAAGGUUAUAGUGCAAAUUCUUGUUUUAAUUUUAGCUUUUACUGCGUUCUCCUGUCUUGGUCUUGGAGUUUCAGGCCUUUACAUGUUCAAAAUUCGAGUUCUAAGGUAUAAAAGACUGAAAGAGAGUGAAACACUGGACCUGACUAAGGGGCUUACAUUAAAUUUGUAUUCAUAUGAUGAGCUCAGAAAAGCAACAAAUGGCUUCAAAGAUGAGUUAGGAAGGGGUUCCUUCGGAACAGUAUACAAAGGAGCUCUAUACAAAGGUAAAAAACUUGUUGCAGUGAAAAGACUAGAGAAAUUGGUGGAAGAAGGUGAGAGGGAGUUUCGUGCAGAGAUGCGAGCAAUAGGGAGAACUCACCACAAAAAUUUGGUUCAAUUGCUAGGCUAUUGUGCUGAGGGCUCUAAGAGACUUCUUGUCUAUGAAUUUAUGAGCAAUGGAUCCCUUGCCGAUGUUCUUUUUAAAAGUAGAAGGCGUCCAGAUUGGGAUGAAAGAGCAAGAAUAGCAUUGGAUGUUGCAAGAGGGAUUCUCUAUCUACAUGAGGAGUGUAAGACCCCUAUUAUUCAUUGUGAUAUAAAGUCCUCAAACAUUUUGAUGGAUGAUUUUUGGACUGCUAAAAUCUCCGACUUUGGCUUGGCAAAAUUGUUAAUGCCAGAUCAAACAAGGACAUUCACAAUAGUCAGAGGGACUAGAGGGUAUCUAGCACCCGAGUGGCAAAAGAACACCCCAAUAUCAGUGAAAGCAGAUGUUUAUAGCUAUGGAAUAGUGCUUUUAGAAAUUAUAUGUUGCAGGAGGAGCAUGGAAGUUAAUGUACCAAGACCUGAAGAAAUUGUUCUUUCUACUUGGGUAUAUAAAUGCUUUGUCGCUAGAGAAUUGGACAAGAUUGUGGGUGGUGAAGAAGUAGAUAAGAGUACUUUUGAGAAUAUGGUUAAGGUGGGAUUGUGGUGCAUUCAAGAUGAACCAUUUCUUCGUCCUUCCAUGAAGAGUGUUGUAUUGAUGUUAGAAGGGAUUACUGACAUAUCUAGUCCUCCAUGUCCAACUAAUACCUCCGUUUAAACUCUCUCUUGUAAGGAAAAUUUUAUAUUUAUUUUAAUUCAGUUUUUGUA